UUUCUAGAGCCAGACACACACACACACACACCGGGAUCAAGGAGGAGGACGGUCUGGAUCAGAUGGAUUUUGAAAUGGAUAUCACACUUGCAAGCUGAAGGAUGAAGACGUGUAAAGUGCAUAUAGAUAAUAGGAGAAGGAUAUACAGAUGCAAUUCCAAGCACAGUCCAAACAAGUGUAUGGAUGCUAGGACUCCAACUGUGGAAGAUCAUCCCAAGACAAGCAGCACAAGGCAGAGCUACAAAUACAUCUAUGUGAAGAUGUCCCUGGUGCUCUUUGGAGUGAUUUUGGCUAAUGCAGUGUUUAAAGGUAUGUGUGAACCAACUCAAUCAUGGUCCGACAGGCUUUUGGAUGUGCCAGACUCUAACCUUCUGAUCCAGAAGGAUGCAGUGUACCAUCUUGUGAACACAUCGUUCACUUUCGAGCAAGCUCUGCGUUACUGCCGUGGUCAGUCCAGCGGCCUCACAACCUCAGGGGUCCGAGAGGAUGAGGUAGGGGCCCGGAAGUUACUCUCUCAAUCCAGCACGCAGGGCCCAGUCUGGUUCGAAACCAACAAAAAACAGAACCCUACAACUCAUCUGGUGCUUCCCAAACAAAAAACGAUCUUCAGAGGAUUAUCUUUCACGUCUAAGCACGGCUAUGCGCGUGUGAACGCGUCUUUCCCGCCGCUGUCGGGGGUGAGCGUUUGCUUGCGCGUGCAGUGGGACCCGCGGCGAAAUGACGUGUCCACGGUGUUCUCGUACGCAGCGCGCGCUUUCGUCAAUGAGUUCCAGCUGCGCGGAAAGACAGACGACAGAAGAGUCCGCCUAGCGCUUCUCAUUCAAGGACAGCAUCAUCGGCACAAAGCCGAGCUGCCCGUUGAUGGAGAGUGGCACCAUGUUUGCGUCACGUGGCGCUCGAGCGAUGGAUUUUGGGCCAUUUACGUGGACGGGAAAACGGGAGAUUCAGAUAGAGGGACAGCUCGGGGAAAUGCAAGGGAUAUCCACGGAGACGGGAUAUUUAUAUUAGGCCAAGACCAGGAUACUUUUGGUGGGAAUUUCACGGAGCCGUUUUUUGGAAACUUGACUGAUCUGAGCGUCUGGGGUGAAGCUCUGGAGUUAGAACAGGUGACGGCGCUGCACACCUGCUCGCAGCUGACCAAUCACAGAGCUUUAUUCAGAUGGCAGGACUGGAGCCUCACUGUCCAUCAGUCUGUCCAGAAUGUGUCUGCGUUACUCACCUGUCCAGGGUCCCUGAAGUCAACACAGAAACAGGAAGAGGAAUGUGUGGUUUUUAAUGGCUGGUCUGACCGUCAGCCUCAGUACAGCACUGCCCCCUGCACACACACGCUCCCCUUCAUCUGCAGAGUCAGCAAAGACCAUUAUCUGAAGAUGAAGAACGUGAAAGAAUCUCUGACGUCCAACCCAAGCUCCUUCAUGCAAAGUCUCAUGCAGUAUGGCGUGACCGCAGACGAUGUGCUCUCUGAUGCUGUAGAUGGGCAGAGCUGGACCUCAGUGUCCCGUCUGUUGAACGUGUCUGAGCAGGCUGUUUUGAAGGAGCAGAAGCAGCUGGAGGACAGGGACAUGGUCUCUCUGAUGCAUGUUCUCUCUCGGGCCGCUGACCUGCCCAGCAUUGCCAACCACAGCCGGCGUGAUGCAGAGAGGCUCGGCCAGAGCUUCAUCACCAUUGCAGAUUCACUCAUCAGCCAAGACAAUGUCAGCAAAUGGAACAGCAUCAAAGAGGUAGUGAAGGGCCCAAUGGCAGUCGUGCAGACUGUAGACCGUAUGGUGAGCAACCUUAACUCUCUGCUGACAGACGACACAGACACUGUGAAGAUACACAGCGACAAUAUCAAGCUGCAGGUCCAGCAGAAGCUGCUGUCUGAAGGUUCUCACGGUUCAGCGUUUUGUGGGAUGGAUGUGGGAAAUCGUGACUGCAUCUCUGUCCCAGCUGCAAACAUGAAGGACCUACAGAACAAUGGCUUCAAAAAGGUGACUUUACUGAAUACAUGGUACAGCUCUGUGAAAUGUCUCUCAGAGAGAGAGGAGAACAUUACCCUUUUCCCUAUAGUCAGUGAUGGAUCUCAUAGGCAUGUGCGAACAGUCUUGGGCUCAUCGGUCAUCUCCAGUAAAGUGCUGGCAGAUGGACAGCCGAUCAGCAUGGCCAUAAACUUCACACUCCAGCACAAGAUUCAGAACGCCUCACUGAAUUUGACACCUAUCUGUUCUUUCUGGGAUUUCGACCUGAUGCCAGAGGGGGGAGGGUGGUCAACAAAGGGUUGCACCUCUAUUUCCACUAACAGAAACUCCACUUCCUGUUCCUGUAACCACACUACCAACUUUGCCUUGCUGUUACAGAUCUCUGAAGUUCAGCCAGAUCCUGAUCAUCAGACAGGCCUGCAGAUCUUCAGUUUGAUUGGCUCUGGCGUGUCUCUGUGUGGUCUCAUCUUCACAUUUAUUCUCUUUGUGGCUGUUGGCGUUCCAAAGUCAGAUCGGACUACAGUUCACAAAAACCUGAUCGUGGCGCUGGCUGUAGCUCAGCUUCUUCUUAUUUUCAGCGACUGGGCUGAGGGAAACCAGCAGGAAGCCUGCUGGCUGGUGACGGUGCUCCUGCAUCUCUUUUUCUUGUCGUCUUUCUGCUGGAUGCUGGUGGAGGGCUUGCUGCUCUGGAGUAAAGUGGUCUCUGUGAAUAUCAGCGAGGAGAGGCGCAUGAAGCUGUACUAUGUGCUGGGCUGGGGGCUGCCGGUUGUUAUAGUCGCUGUAACCUUGGCAGCCACUUUGGAUCAGUACAAAGCACAACAGUACUGCUGGCUGAACCUGCAGUCGCACGUUAUUUGGGCUUUUGCAGGGCCUGUGCUCUUUGUUUUGGCCGUCAACGCUGUGGUGCUUUUUCGGGUCGUAAUGGUCACAGUGUCCAGUGCGCGUCGCAGAGCCAAAAUGCUGACGCCCAGUUCUGAUUCCAAACUUCACACGCUGGAUCUUACCUGGGCAGCGACGAGGCCAGUACUGAUCCUGUUACCAGUGUUAGGUCUGACCUGGCUGUGUGGAGUGCUGGUGCAUUUAUCUGUUGUCGUGGCCUAUCUGUUCAUCACACUCAAUGCUUUUCAGCUUCAUGUAGCUCUCUCGUACUGUGACUCUUUCUUCCUCCCAUGUCUAUAAUGAAUGAGAGCUGAAUUCCCUCCCAGAGCUUGUUAAUGUAGAUUUACUGUGUGCGUCUGGGAAAAAGAUAAAAGAAGCAGAAGACAGAUCGAGAAAAUGGAGGAGAGGAGGAGACAUGAGCAGAGUCCAUCACUGGAAGGAAACUCUUCUCAUAUAAUUAGCCAGUGCAGAUCUGUCUUGCAAGUUUUAUGAUGCAGGAAGAAUAUGGACCGUUCCUGUUAGGUGUAAUAUAUGGCUGAUUCAAUGCUAACUGAUAACAAGAGCGGAGAAUAAAUCUGAAGUUUUGAGCUAAAUGUCCAACAAAAAAGUUUCUCCUGGUUAUUUUUAAUAAUAGAUUUUAAAUAAUAAUAUAUUAUAAUCAUAUAUCUUUAUAAUAACUGUUUCUUAAACCACAGACACUGAAUCUUCAGCCAAUUCGUCAAAAUGUAGAUCUUACUACAUUUAUAUUUUAAAUUUAAGAAUUAUAUUUAUAAAUAAAUAGAGUAAACAGUAUCUUAAGCAAUUUUGAUAUUUUGGCACAGAGAUAUUUAAUGUUAAUUAUACUAUGAUUUUCAUUUAAAUUCUUUCUUUCCCUCUCUGUUGCUUAAUUUUAAAAUACAGUAAUUGAUUGAAACACACAAAACCUUAU